AUGAGGGCCUCAAGAUCUUUAAGGAAGCUUAUGAACUUUCUUGUUAUGGUGCAAUAUGUACCACGAGUUCUUCGCAUCUACUUAUCAUGCAAGAAAUCCAAAAAACCUUUCAAAGGACAUACUGCAUUAUGGGUUAAAGGUUUACUCAAUUUUUUCCUCUACAUCCUUGCUAGUCAUGUACUUGGAGCUUUUUGGUACUUUUUUGCCGUUCAACGAAUUACAAGUUGCUGGCAACAUGUAUGCCAAUAUGAAAAUGGAUGUGGCCCUAGUAAUUUUAAUUGUCAUGAUCACCAUACAUUGAGAAAUAUUACGGUUCUAGAUGAUUUAUGCCCUAUAAAUUCAUCAAAUACAACUCUCUUUGAUUUUGGUAUAUAUCUAAGUGUCCUUCAGUCGGGUAUAUUGUGGUCAACAAACUAUCCGCUGAAGUUUUCGAACAGUUUUUGUUGGGGCUUGCGGAAUUUGAGUUCUCUUGCUUCAAAUCUUGAGCCGAGCUCCAAUACAUGGGAAAUCCUCUUUGUGGCUUGUAUUUCUAUAAUCGGCUUGCUACUAUUUGUGUAUCUCAUUGGGAAUUUGCAGACAUAUGUGCUGUUAGAUACUGAAAGAUUAGAGUCGCACAGACGCAAGAUGAGACUUGAACGGAAGAUGAAAGCGAAAGGCCGAGAUGUAGAAUUAUGGUUAUCUAAACAUGGCACUCCCCUGCGUAGAAAGCCGGAUAUCAUGGAAAAGGUACGAUUAGAACUUGAAGAAAACUGGGAUAUUGAUGUGGAUCAGGAAAUCCUCUCUAUUCUUCCCCGGGAACUUCAAGACUACAUCGAAACUUGCAAGCCCUUGAGUAGGCUGAAGAACGUAGAGGUGCCACCAUUUCGAAACAUGGAUGAACAAGUUUUGAUAGAAAUCUCAAAGCAUCUUAAGCCCAAGAGGUAUACUAAUAAUCAAAUCAUUAUUAAAGAGGAUCAACCACUUGAAAUGAUGCUUUUUGUCGUGGACGGACGUGUAAUCAUUAAAAAGAAAGAUUGUUCCAGUAAGUUCCAACGACGUGCAGGACAUCUGUAUGGAGAGAAACUUCUAGUUUGGCCAUCAUGGACGUCCUUCCAUGAGGGGACAAGACCUAUAGCAACCGAGUCUGUUCAGGCCAUUGAUGAUGUUGAAGCCCUUGUUCUCUUGGCCAGCGACAUGGUCAGUAUAGGCUCUAGAUUCAGGUCAGAUUUCGAUAAGUUGAAGAUGAGUCUCAGUCAGAGUCAACAAACGGAUUCGCAUUGGGAGCUUUUGACUUGUGACAAUGUGACUAUGCUACAACAAGUGCCGAAGCUUCGAACCAUGGAUAAACAAGUGUUGAAAGCAAUGUCUGAACAUCUUCAAUCGAACGUCUAUGAACAAAACGUCAACAUUGUUCAAGAGUACCGACCACUUAGCAUGAUGUUCUUCGUCACGAGGGGAAAGGUAAUAAAUGGUGAGACCGGUCGUGCAGGAAAUAUUUUUGGAGAAGAACUUGUUGAGUGGGUACUGGAUAAGUCUUUUCCUGAGAUACUACCCUUGUCGACCUGUACUGCUAAAGUAGUCUCAAACGAUGCUGAAUUCCUCGUUCUAACGGCAGAAGUCUUGAAAUGUUUAGCCUCUGAUAACUUCGUGUCACAUUUCAGCAAGAUCGCCUCUCCGUCAGAUCUUUUUACUUUUGUUCGGUUGACUAGGCUAAAGAAAGUAAGUUGCUCCAUCUCUCUAUUUGGAACUUAA